AUGGAGUUUAGUUUUAUGUCAAAUUAGGAUGAAUAGCUGAAAAAGCAUGGAAUCACAUCAAGACCUAAUUUAUCAAAGCCUAUUAUGCCUAAUACUAAUCAAGCAAAACAAAAUCCUUUGGCUAGUUUACCUAAAUAAGCUGGAGCCUAGCCGAUUUCAGUGUUCUAAUAAAAACCAAUGAGUAUAUUUUAGAAAAAUAACAAAUAGUAGAAGACUGACGAAGAUGAAGACGAGGAUUAAUUUUAUGGGAUAUAAUCACUUCUAAAAUAAAAUUAGCAAAGAUAUCAGCAAAAGCUUGCAGAAGAAAGUAGCAAAGUUAUAGCUCAAAAUCCACUUGCCUAUGAGUAUGAUGCUCUGUAUGACGAAGAGCAAGAGAGGAGAGAAUAAUAACUAGCUAUGAAAAAAGAGUCAAGAAAAAAUUUGGAAUCUAAGUAUUAAAAGGAGCUACUUCUAGCUGCAGAGAGACGUAAGCGAGAGUAAAAUGCUGCUUGGGAAAAGAUGGAGCAAAAGGAAAGAAUAAAUGAAGUCAACAGUGGUAAGGUUGGUCCAAAUGCUGAAUCAUUUAUUACGGAAUCUUACCGUAGAUAAAUGGAACUAAAUUAGUAGAACAAGUUGUAUGAGGAACUAGAAGAACAACUCAAUCAGAAAAAGACAGCAAAUUCAGAGACUGGAAUGAUGGGAUUCUAUAAGGUUCUUAACAGAACAAUGGAUACAGUAAAUAACCAAAAUAAACAGAUUGAAUAAGAAUAGAAAUCAUAGAAAUAAAUAGCUCAAGACAAGGUUGGUGAACACUUAAAGAUUCUAAAAGAGAAGCAGUUAGAAUAAGAGAGACUUGAAAAGGAAAGAAGAUCAAAUGAGCUCUAUGAUGAUGAUCCAUUCUAGAUUAAGAAGGCAGAGAAAACUAAGGCUGAUAAGGAGAAAGCUUAAGAAUUAGAGAGAUAAAGAAGGAGAUCUCGAUCGAGAGAGUUAAAAGAGAAGAAGUUAACUGAGAAACGACUUGAAGAGGAAAAGAAGCUUAAGGAUAAAUAAGAAAAAGAGGCUAAAUUAUUAGCAUUAAAAUCUAGGUAUAAUCAACGUAGAAAUGAAGUGUAAUAAAAACCAAUGGAUACUGAUAAAUAGAGUGAAUGA